AUGGUGGAUCAAGGCAAGUUACAGAUAAAUCACCGUGUCAGGAGCAAGGGAGAGAAAGAGAUAGCCGUGGUAGACAUCCCUUAUGAUGAGGUUAAUGUGGAAAUACCUAUAAACCCAUUGGUGAUAGAGUUUCCAGCACCAUUCGCGUAUGAAGAUGAGAAGACGGUCUUGUGGAUAUAUCAACCCAGAGCUUUUAAGCAAGGGAAGGAAGACCAACCUUUGGUUAUCAACGAACCAAACAUCACCUUGAUUGUGGGGCCGGCAGGAAUAACACGUAGUGGCUGGGUGUUCACACCAAGGACUGCUGAUACUUUUGCAAAGGCUAAAGGGAAGAAAGCCAAUGUCCAGAUCCCCGUCCCUAAUCGAGAAAUGCAAGGCAUUCACCUGUCUCCUAAAGCUGCAGUCACUCGUGAAGAGGCCGAGGAAUUUCUAAGGAUAAUCAAGAAGAGUGACUAUAAAGUGGUGGACCAACUGAAUCAAACACCUUCAAAAAUCUCCAUGUUAUCUUUAUUGCUCAACUCAGAAGCACACAAGAAAUUGCUGUUGAAAGUAUUAAGCGCCGCACAUAUCACGAAAGACAUAAUGAUAGAACAGUUUGACGAUGUGAUAGCUUGUGUGACCACUGGGAAUUUUUUGGGUUUUAACGAUGAUGAACUGCCGAUCGAGGGAAAGAACCAUAACAAGGCCCUAUAUAUCUCCUUGAAAUGCAUAGACACUAUACUAUCAAGGGUAUUAGUAAACACAGGUUCCUCGCUGAACGUCAUGCCGAAGACAACUUUGAUAAAACUGCCAAUGGAAGGGAUAAGUAUGAAGCCCAACACCCUAAUCAUAAAGGCAUUUGAUGGCUCAAGGCGAGCAGUGAUAGGAGAGGUUGGCUUACCAAACAAGAUAGGUCCAACUAUUUUUAAUAUCACGUUCCAGAUUAUGGACAUACAUCCCGGUUAUAGUUGCCUACUUGGGAGACCCUGGAUUCACUCUGCAGGCGCCGUCACCUCCACUCUACAUCAAAAGCUAAAAUUCAUUACAAAUGACAAGAUGACUGUGAUUGGAGGGGAAGAGGAUAUCUUGGUUAGCCACUUGACAUCUUUCCGGUAUAUCAAGGUGGAUGGAGAGAUAACUGAGACACCAUUCCAAUCCUUGGAAGUGGUAAAUAUGAUGGCCGUCCAACGGACAUUAGAGACCCCGAAAUUAGGACCGUCCAUGGCCUCGUGGCAAGGAGCUAAGGAUGUUAUGGAAAGUGAAAAUGCUCAAGACUAG